CUCUUCUCUCCCCCAAGAAGCAGAUUUUGUUGCGCAACUGGUGAAGAGAGAGAGAGAGAGAGAGACAGAGAGAGAGAAAAUGUCGACAUUUCUGCAAUCGCUCAUCGAUCCAAAGAAGAACUUCCUCGCUCGUAUGCAUAUGAACGCCGUAUCCACUCGCCUUCGUAGAUACGGUCUCAGGUACGAUGAUCUGUUCGAUCAGUAUGAAACCAUGGACAUUAAGGAAGCGCUGAACAGAUUGCCCAGGGAGGUCGUCGACGCUCGUAACCAGCGUCUCAAGCGUGCUAUGGAUCUCUCCAUGAAGCACGAGUACCUUCCCGAGGAUCUUCAGGCGGUGCAGACCCCGUUCCGUGGCUAUCUUAAGGAGAUGCUGGCUCUUGUUGAAAGAGAAAAAAAGGAACGUGAAGCCUUGGGAGCUCUACCACUCUACCAGCGCACGCUCCCUUAAGAAUAUCUUUGUGCCUCUCUUCUGAUAAACUCUACUUCUCUGCAUAAAAUCUCCUCUCCAGAGGGAUUAAAUUUUGAUAUUUUGGAAAUCACAUUCCUGAACAGAGCUAUUUACUUCCUGAAAAGCAUAAGUCUUGUGAUACUUUUCCUAAAUGGGAUGAUAUGUUUGCUUGAUACAUUUUUCACUUUUGCUGGCAUGAAUAAAAUCGACGACACAACACUGAGUCUAGUUCAGUGACU